CCGUUAGCACGGUUUAUCAAAACAGACCGCGGAUCGUUCCAAAGUGCGCAGCGUAAAGAGAGGGGACAUAUUCACUCAAAAAUAGCUUUUCUCCAAGUGCAUUUGUGUAAUUUUAGCAAAAAGUUUAUAGUUAAUGUCAUAAAGAGCAUUGUUUCGUAUCUGAAAGCAGCGCAGUAAUCCUCGUGUUUUGUAACGAUACCGAAGAGAACGAAGAAGAUUUGUGACCGCUAACCGCCAAGAUGUCCCUCUCUAGACCGAUCUACAACCUGCUCGGUUCCUAUCUGGAGCAGCUCUUUGAGCAUCCGCUUCGCACGAAAGCUAUAACAAGCUGCGUAAUUGCAUCCUCCGCCAACCUGGUCUCGCAGAAGCUGGGCGGUGCGAAGCAGGUCAACACCGACUCGGUCAUGGCGUACGGGCUGUUCGGGCUGAUCUUUACCGGUCCGCUGUCGCACUUCUUCUACAGCUGGCUGGAUCGCAUCACGAACGAUACCCGGUUCAAGAAGCUACUGAUGCUGCUGGGCGAGCGGGCCCUCUUUGCGCCGGUCAUUACCGCCCUGUCGCUGUACUUUAUCUCCCGGUUCGAGUACAAAACACACGACGAAGCGCUCGGCAAUCUGUUCACCCAGUAUCGUAGCAUUCUGCGGGGCAACUGGAAGUUCCUUACCCUGCCCGUGUUCAUCAACUUCAACUACAUUCCGCCGAUGCUACGCGUGCUGUUUGCCAACAUCAUCGGAUUCUGCUGGAUGGUGUUCCUGUCCACGAAGAGAAGGAAGGCGGAACAGCGUCGCCAGCAGAAGGCACAGGAACAGAGCAAGUCUACCUGAAGAAAUACUCUGGCAAGAGACACGUGACAUCACGCAGGCAUUUGAAUUAACGGGAGCGCGUUGCAUUUAAUCCGGGAUACGUUUACUUCUUUCGGGAGAAAAUUGAAAAAAAAAAACACACUGACACACACAAAAAGACAGUAACAGUGCGUUAUUGAUAGGGUGUAAGGGUUUAAGGGGGAAAAGAACGGCUGAAAAAAGUGGCUACACUGCGAAAAUGUUUAAUGGAUAUUGUAUUUUUUGUUUGUUUUAUAGAGCCAAAUUAAAAUAACCCUAGCGAGAGGGGUGUGACAGUAUGAUGUUAAA